AUGCAGACACCGCCGCCACCGUACGCGCAACUUUUCCCGAACACGGGCACUGUAACGGAUCGCGUGUUUGAGGGACCUUCGUUACUUUUUGAUUCUUCUGUCCUUCCCGUGGGGGCGGUGAUGGGGCCCGCACAAGGUGGAAAUCCGGCGGGAGUUGAACUGAAGUCUCUUCCACUACCAUCCCCACCUUCUUCUUUGUGCACCGGCAUCAGCGCACCCACUCUUGCACCGCCCACAGCUGGUGAUUUUAGGAAAUCAAAAGAUGCUGUUAACAGCGAUGUGAUCUUACAACGCCUUUUUUUGCUUCAGGACGAGAUAAACUCCAUCAAGUUUUUUCUCAACGAACAGACGUCGCCUUCUGCUCCUUUAGAUGUCCGAGCUGCGCCUGUCCGGCCUUCUUCUGGGCCGCCGUCGGCUGCUUCUCCUCCCCACACAUCGCCCGAAGAAAGGGAGGACGCGUGGAAGCGGAUUUUGAUUUCUCAGCAGGAGCAAAUUGUAUCUCUCGGUGAGACGCUUUGCCGCAGUCUCCGUUCUCUUUCACUAGCGCCAGCAACAGCAACGGGAAAAGACGGAAAGGAAGAGGCACGAACGGGAAAUGACGAGAAGGCCGUGGCGGUGGGGGACACAAAAAGCAAUGACAAACUGAAUGGCAAUAGUAUGACUGAAAGGGUUUACCAGGAGGUCUCCGUUGUUUCUCUGAAGGAUGGCACGGUGGACCUUGUCCAUCUUUUAACGACCUUGUACAACCUUCCAGUUGUCUAUUGUGGAUGCCGCCACGAGCAGCUCUACUCCAAAUUUGGUGAGGAACUUGUUGCAGCAGCUUUGGGUACCACCAGUCAUGAGUUGCUGGAAAAGUAUGCCUCUUUGUUGGUGUUGCGUCUGAAUGAAGGGUACGCCGUUGCUGAGAUUGGGGUGGACCCUCGUAUAUCGGUGGAUGCUUUUGUUGCAAAGAGUGGUGAUUUGGUUUAUAAGGUUUUGGCGCCUUUACCAUUUCCUGUACUUCAACAGGUGUUGGAGCGAACACAAUUCCCAUCCGAGAUACCGGCGUACCAAAUCUCGUUUUUUGCAUGCGAAGCUUAUCAUCAUCGUCUUUUAGCAAAAUUAGCGCCAAGUACGAGAGCCGUGUCAUUAGGAAAAUCAUGCGUUGGAUCCUUAUCAUCGUUUUUGUCAUGCACCUUGAGCCAUCAAUGCGAAGCAGAAGAAGCAGAAUUACUGUUCCAUGGAGUGCGAUUUCUUUGGCUGCCCUUGCACUUCAUGGAGAAGGAACUCCGGCGUUGCGAGGGCUUGGGAAUGACGGCAGAGGCGUGUCACUGUAAGAUCUACGCAGGGCUAAUUCUGCGUCUCCGACAGGCCAUUCAAGCAAAACGAUCAUUGAAGGAGUUAACAACAACUCCAGCGCGGCCUCUUCCUGCUGUUUUUACCGCGAAACCCUUUCUUACAGAAUUAAACCGCUUGCGUCCGUCAUAUUAUUUUAUUACCCCCGCGGAAAAAGAACAGUUAUUGGCCGGUAGUAAGAUGGAUUUUGCUCAGGCUAGGCGGCUACAAGAGCAGUGUGAUGCAACUCUGUAG